AUAUCCUUCAGCGUCUCGCGCUUGUUGUCAUUGCAGCUGCGGCUUUUCGGCGGCCCCUGUGGAAGCAACCAACGACGAGGCCGUUGCUGCCUGCCUGCCUGCCUGCUUUGCAACCGGGGGGUCUCGGCGCCUUAGCUCUGACCGAGCGCCCAGCCUCGCCUCGUUAUGUCCGGCCGGGGUAAAUCCGGAGGGAAAGCCAGAGCCAAAGCCAAGUCUCGCUCCUCUCGAGCCGGCCUCCAGUUCCCCGUCGGGCGAGUGCAUCGGCUGCUGCGGAAGGGCAACUACGCGGAGCGGGUGGGCGCCGGAGCACCUGUUUAUUUGGCCGCCGUGCUCGAGUACCUCUCGGCCGAGAUCCUGGAACUGGCCGGCAACGCUGCGCGGGACAACAAAAAGACCAGGAUCAUCCCUCGGCACCUGCAGCUGGCCAUUCGCAACGACGAGGAGCUCAACAAGCUGCUGGGCGGGGUGACGAUCGCCCAGGGUGGGGUUCUGCCCAAUAUCCAGGCCGUGCUGCUGCCCAAGAAGACCCAGAGCUCCAAGAAAUGAAGCCGGUUGCCUGGCUAAAGGAAAGCGCUCGCCCAUUUGUUUCCUUGCGCCCCACCCAUAGGAUCUGGUGCAGCGGCCACCGGACAUUUUGUCCUGCCUUCCUGCCUCCCUUCCGCGUCACUUGGUGCAGCCCAGUACCGGGCAGGUGAUUUCUUCACCGCAUCGUCUGUCCUGGUGCAGCCGGCGCUGAGCUAUCCCCGCUCGCCCUUUUCCUGCUAACCUGAUCCUGGCCCUCUUGCCUCUAUUCUCAAUCCUCCUUCCCAUGGGGCCUGCCUGCCUGCCUGCCUGCCCGGCCGCCUGCCCCACGUCUCGGGGCUGCUGGUGCUACAAAACCGCCUGGGUUCCUCGUGCGCUUCCUCGCCUGGCCCAGCGCUGAAGUCCCCUGCUCCUUUUCCAUGCUGAAGACUUGAGGUGGGAAAGAGUGGCCGUCAUUUUUCGUGUCACCGAAAAGGGCACGUGCUUUGGGCCUGGCUGCCAUCUAGCGCCCUGCAAAUAGAUUAUUUCUCCCCCCCCCCCAGUCCCCCCUCCUUUUCUCUGGGACGAUUGAGCCUGACAUCCCAUUGCCUUGGAAGCUGUGUGUUCUACAGCUGCAGCAAUGGGAUGCGGGGGCAGGGGUUUUAUUUUGCUCCCUUAAAUCGCUUUGAUUGUUCUGGAGAAGAGGAGGGAGUAGGAGGAAAUAUUUUUUUUGACACUAGAAUGAUCUUUGCAUUUUUUUUCCCAUGGAGAACUAAAAACAAACAAACCGGGAGUCAUGGAGAUGAGAAAGUCAUGAAAGCAGCACAGGCCAUCAUUGGGAAGGCAAGAAACUGCUUCGACCAUAGGCCUCACUGUGUGACAAUGCUGAUUUUAUAUCUCUUUCUGUACCGAAAAGGUGAAAGUAUACAGAGCGAGGAAGGGUUGGCCAUUGUAUUACACCAACACUCAAUCUAAUCUCUUCAAACUGUGAGGUCCCAGACCUGGAGAUAAUGGAUCGAUCUCUCUGAUGUUGCACAUCCCCAUUAAAUGUGAUCAUGAAUUUAUGGAUUUAAAAUGUGGGAGGGAAGGAAGUUCUAAAUGUGAAAAUAACUUUUUUUUUCUGAGAAAGGAAUAACUUCAUAUAAUGUUUUCCUUGUGUUUGCUUUAUGAUGAGCUAUUGUGUAGUUAUACUGGCACUCCAUUCCUGUUUCUUUGUGGAGUUUUGGUUUGUGUAUUGCAACAAAAUCUUAAGUAAAUAAUCUUGAUUGAGAGGCAAAGACUUUUUAAGAAUUCCUUGGAUAUGUACACAUCUUUGCUUUAUAGUCUUCCCAUCAAGCACCUCCUGUAACACCUAAUAUGUUCCAGAGGCAACUGUGGAAUAGGAGUGCCAGCCCAUACGGAAUAUUUUUCUCUUUCAAAGGGGGUGGAGGAAAGAAUGGGGAAGGGAGAAGCUGUUUAUCUCUAAAUUUGAUGUGAUAUAUUCAGUGAUAUAACAGUUCCAGCUUCCAGUUUAUCUGGAAACUCAUUCUAAGCAAGAGUCUUUGGAUUUAGGUCUAUUUUUGUCCAUUUGAUGUCACUGGAACGAAAAUCAAAGUAUUUUAGUGUGGCUGCUUUUGUGGUUUUCAGCCUCAGAGAUAUACAUUUAUUGUUUUCUUGAAAUGGGAAGCAGUUUUGUUGUGUUUCCUCCUUCCAUUAUCAGUCCUCUUGUAAUGUCACCUGCAAUGAUUGAAGUCUAGUAUUUGUACCCUAGUUUGCACUUUAAUCUAUACAGGUUUUUUUGUUUGGAAUUUUGCUUCUAGUGCUUAAAAUAAGAGUGCAAGUAUGGCAUCCAUCUAACUGUAAUCCUCAGUAGCUUAAUGUUUGGAGGUUGGGUUUUAGGAAAAAUAUAAUUUAUACAAGAGUAAAAUAUCUAGUUAGUGUUUGGUGGUUUGCUAAAUAGGUGUUUGGAUAAUGUAUGAGCAUGGAGGUUGGCCUAGCCUGUCCUGUAAUGCCUAGUAGCUGUGGUACAGAGCCAAAACUUGCUUGCUUAGGUGAAAAGUUUAUAGAGCUAUGUGCAUGCAGCAAUCUCUAGGCUAUUGAGCAAGUAGAAUCUGUAAUCUUGUAUAAGGUCAGCUGUGUUUGUGCAGUUAAGUAGCAUGUGUUCGAAUCAUCAUGUGGGAUGUAAAUCUGUGGAUGAACUAUUGUCUUGCUCUGGAUUCAGCUAAGGAUAUCUAGACCAGUGGAGGCUGAGAUACUUUAAUAACAGAAUAAGGAAUGUGGUUUGUUCAGUCAGUUGCUGGUGAGUGUACAAUCUCAUUAGUGAUACUUAAGAAAAAAAACAACCUUUAGCCAUCUAUGUCUGUCUGUCUUGCCUGUUACAUUACAGACCCAGGGG